CACACACACACGGUCGCAGUCUCACACACACACAGUCGCUGCCACACACGCGAGGAGCACGGAGUGUACGUGGAGAGCAGCUGAGAGCAGUGCGUGCGUGUGUGUGUUUGCGUGCACCGUCCAGAGUGUCAGCGUGCAGUGGUGUGAGAGCCAUGGUGGUGUGAAGCGGGUCAGCGUGGGGCGGCCUCCGUGAAGCAAGCCAGUGCAUUCACGUCAAAUUCACGCCAGACUCUAUGGUAAGAUGUGGCGCGGCGGGCAAGGCGGCGUGGGCUUAGCGCCGUGCAGUGCCACUGAGGGCGAGCUGGGUGCCGCGGGAACUGGCACCACCACCACCACCACUAUAGACAAGAGCCACUACGACUCACAGAACGACUCUGGCUUUCUGUCCGGGUCUAACCUGACGUCGUGCUCGUCGUGCAGUGUGGGCGACGACACCGACACCAUGAGGUUCUCAGAGCCUCUGCCGCCCCCGGGGGACACCAAGGGCGACACCCACGCCCACUCCUCCAGAGUGGACUCCGGCAUAGACAUCUCAGAACAACUCAGUUCCCUCCACCUCGCCUCCUCCUCCACCUCCACCACCACCACCUCCACGUCUGAGCUGGAGGGGGAGGAUGCACCCCAGAGGAGAACAGUGACGCCGCCACCGCGGAGGUCGCGCCUCGGCCUCAGCGAGGAGCAGAUGGCGCUGCUGCAGGAGAUUUUCAAGAGAGACGAGGAUGGAGACACUCAGCUCCACGUGGCGGUGAUGCGGGGAUUCAUUGAAGUAGUGUAUCACAUCACCAGGCUUCUCCCGCACCAAGCACUACUGGAUCUCGCCAACCACCAGGGCAAGACCGCCCUCCACCUGGCCGUGGCCGCGGGAGACACGGGGGCGGCGCGUCACCUGCUCAUCUGCGGCGCCUCCCCCGUGGAGCGCGACAGACGCGGCAACACGCCCCUGCACGUGGCGGCGGCGGCAGGGCAGGCGGCGAUGGUGGCGCACCUAACGAGGCCUGUCACAGAGGGGGAAGUGAUGUCAGCAAGACUCGCCUACGCGCCCGCACACACCGCCGGCCUGCUCGCUGCUGACCUCACCAACUAUGACGGUCAGACAUGCAUACAUUUAGCGGCGCAAGGAGGACAUCGGGACAUCUUGCAACACCUCACGUGGUAUGGCGCGGACAUCAAUGCACGGGAGGGCAAGAGCGGAAGGACAGCCCUGCACUACGCGGUGGAGGCGAGAGACCCUGAGCUGGUGGUCUUCCUGGCGGAGUCCUGCAGGGUCUCGCUCACCCUAGAAACUUACGCAGGACUCACCCCAUACCAGCUGGCACUGGCUAAUGGCGCCACGGGGUUGGCAACACUGCUGCUGGAGUUGGGGGCGCCGGGGGAGGCGCUGCCCCACUACCUGCUAGCGGAAGACGACGCUGAUUAUGACGAGGGUCCCUGCCCAGAGAACAACGGUUGGGGAAUAAUGGAUGACUUACGUAUAGGGGGCAUUCCAGUGCCUCUCACCAUGGCACUGCCAGUCACGGAUGCCAGCGGCCCUCUCAACGCCGACCACUACUUCUAAGGGGUCGUGAGUGGUCGUGAAUGAGUGGUCUAGGGGAGAAAAGGUUGAUUAGUGGACAUGAACGACUUUCACGACUUUGAAGAGUACAAGGUCGUCAGUGGUCGUGAGGAAGGUGACAGGCUGAAGACGUGAAGUGAAGGUGAUGGAGGGCAGAAAGUGAAGACAAGUGGACAAGAAGAAAUAGAUGAAAAAGAAAGGAUAAGGUUGAGUUGGGAAAAGUUAAAGAAAGGAAGGAAGAAAGGAAGAAGAAGUCUGAAUAUUUACCUGUGACAUCACACAGACAUCAAUUAAAAGGAGAAACAAAUAAAAACAUGCGUAAAAAGUGUUCCUUAAAAUUCUGAGAAAUGAGACAAACAAACACUGAAGUGGGGAAGUGAAACAGCAGUGAACGAUGACACUUACUUACAAGACACUUCACCACAGCGAGUGACCCUUUUAAGUGACUAAGGUCCGUGUGUCCGUGUGUCCGUGUUUGUGACCACCCCGUGUUAAAAGUGUGUCGCUGGCUCGUUUUACUGUUAUUUUUUUUUGGAAGAGGGAAAACAAAACUGGAUGAAUGAGGAGGAAGAUGAAGAGGAGAAAUAAAAGGAGGAGGGAGUACUAGACGAAGAGGAAGAGAAGUAAGAAAAGGAUGUAGGAGAAAAAAUGGAGGAGGAGGAGGAGGAGAAGGUAGAAGAAUUAAUGAACGAGGAGGGAAAUGAAGGAAUGCACGAGGAAGAGAGGAAGAAGUUAGAGUGAAAAAAAAAAGGAAGAAGAAUAAGAGUCAAAGAAAGGCACAAAAAAAGACACAAUUGUGAUAAUAAAAUAGUGACCCUUUGAACCUGCCUCUCAUUUUCGAUUGAGUGUUGUGAUCAAUAAUGCUUGUCGUGGAAAUCAUGAACCAAUUCUAGACAAGGGAUGGAAUUCUAGAAACAUUUUUAUGCAGAAAUUUAUACAUUAUUAUUAUUAUUAUUAUUUGUGAUCUCAAGCAUAGCUAUAAAGAAAUAAAGAAAAUGGAGAUAUACAAAAGGAAAGAUGAAAGAAAGAAAAAGAAGGAAAAGAUUUUAGGGGAUAUAAUUAAGUGAGAAAAUUUAAGGAAAAGUCAAAUAAUAGAUAAUAAUAAUAAUAAUGAUAAUAAUGAUAAUAAUAAUGAUAAUAAUAAUAAUAAUAAUAAUAAUAAUAAUGGAAAGCAUAACACAAAAGUAACAAAUAAUAAUGAAGAAAGUGACAAUAUUUAUGAAAGGGAAAAAAUCUGAAAAAAGAAAAAGAUGAAGGAAAAAGUAACAGAUAUUUAUUUGAUAUGAGUUGUCCCAAAAACUGAAAACAAGAAAAGAAAUGGAAAAGAAAAGGAAAAGACUGAAAAUUAAUAAUAUAACACACAAGUAACCUUCAGAAAUACAUCAAGAUUCUCAGAAAAGACGAGGAUAAUGUUGAGGAAAAGAGGAAAGGAAGGGGAAAAAGUUAGGAAAUAUGAUGUUUUUGGACACAGAGAGAGAGAGAGAGAGAGAGAGAGAGAGAGAGAGAGAGAGAGAGAGAGAGAGAGAGAAAA